GCGGGUCGUGGAAGCGUCGCUCUUCCUUUGUUAUCUUUUUGUUUUUCGGUUCGCAUUAUCGCGCUUUCCCGACUUGCAGACAGUUGACAUCAGGGAGCGAAGGCGUCAGGACGCCACGUUUGCCGAAGCAAGGCAGCUGGCUCGAUACCGGGUGCACGUCGCAAGCGGCCGUGAUUUGGGAAUGCGUGGCAUUCUUCGGCGAACCGAUCGUGCGAAGAAAGAUCUCGCAUGUAGUGCACGAGGGCCCAAUUUGUUCUUCAACCAAGAACUACGCCCUGUGGAUUUUCCUGAUGGCUGCACAAGAACUCUCGGCCCGUUUGACCUCCGGCCGAAUAAGAAGAUGACUGCCUGCCGUCAGCUAUAGAAGCUGUUUCCUACCUCGAAGAUCUGCACGCGGGCUACUUAUAAAGACAUGGAAGGAAGCCAGGAGCGUCAGCAGCAACGACAGUCUCAACAGCAGCACGAGCGGAAAGAGCGGCCGCCGCCGGCUGAACCUGACGAUCCGCGAUCCUGGCUGGUGGCUGUCGCCUGCGGGUGGAACCUGCUCUGGAUUAGUCUCUUUCGUAGCUCCACGGGAGUCAUCUACGUGGCCCUAAUCCACGCGUUCGGCGCCACACGCGAACAAAGCAGCUGGGUGCUCAGUGUGGGCACCAGCAUCGCCUGGCUGAUCGGUCCUCUCGUCGGCUUCCUCACGAAGCAUGUACCGCUGAUGGCGUUGUCUUUCACGGGAAGCCUCGUGACGGCCGUGAGCGCCAUAGGCUGCGCCUUCGCCAGGGACCUGACGGCCGUCUUCCUGCUGCUUGGAAUCUCCAGCGGUAUCGGCAACGGCUUCGGGAUUUCUACCAACGACGUGAUCAUGGGCAAGUACUUCAAGCGAUACCGAGGCUCGGGCAACGCUAUCUACUACACGGGCGGCACAUUGGCCGGGUUCGCAUUCCCACAGAUCGUGCACCUCCUGCUGCAAGAGUACGGCUUCAUGGGCGCCUUCCUCAUCGCGGGUGGCCUUAUGCUCAACGCCCUGUCAGUGUGCAUCAUCUUCAAGACGCCACCAUGGGAGGCCUCGAAAUCCACUCCCCCCAAGAUCUCGCCCGUGACAGCUGCAGCUAACACAUCCGGCGACGGAGAGCAGCGGCGAGGAUCGGCAGCGAAUCUGGAGCGUCCGGCACGAGUGUGCACGACUAAUGGUACCUACAAGGCCGUCAUCGAAGCCGACACGUCCGCCAACGCCGAACACAACGGCACCAAGUCCAAGGACGUGCGAUUGAAACCUUCGCUUAAUAGCACGUCGAUUUUGCAAAGCUGCGAGGAUUUCGCCUCUUACGGGAACGGGUCUCUACCCGACAACCAAGCGGGCAUCGUCGGCGUAUCUGCCCGCGAAAUCUCCGACAGACGUGCUCCAGCGGUCGCAAAUGGCAAGACAACCACGGGUGAGUUUCCUCCCUGUCCUAAACCCAUACAGUUCGGGCGCAUUUCCUUUGGUUUCCUCAAGAGAAAACAAAGCGGCGACGGCAACACUCCUUCGUACUCGCGCUGGGACGGCGCCUACAAGAUUCAAAAUGGUGGAGUUGGUAGCACUGGCAACAAUAGCGCCGUCGCACCACCGUGGUCUGUGUCCGAGACGGAAGUCAUCAGCUCCAACAGAUGUCCCGAAGCCGUCGCCGUCGACGCCAUGGUCAAAGGAUUCUGUCGCCAGACGUCGGCCCGUCCAGACGCUCUGGAGACAAGCGGCGAUGGCGGGGGCUCGUCGUACUGGAGCUUCCUUCGGGCGCCCGUCUUCUACAUGGUGGCCGUGACGUACGCCUUCUCGGUUUACACGCAGCUGGUUCUGAUGAUCCUCGUCGACUUCGCUGUCGACAAGGGCUUCACGCGCCGCGACGGUGCAGUGUUUCUCUCUGUGUCCUCCAUCGGUGACGCCUGCGCCCGUAUCGUGGCUGGCGCGCUGUCGGACCGAGCCUUCUGCGACCGGCGCGUGCUGAUGAGCGCCAGCGCGAUUCUCACGGGCGCGCUGUGCGUCGCGAUGCCCACCAUGCGACCCGACCGCUACGCGGUGACGGCGCUCAUGUGCGCACUGUUCGGCUGGAGCUACGGAAUUGUGGCCGUGCUGUUCGUGCCCGUGCUCGCCGACCAGCUGGGAGUGGAAAACUUGGGACUUUCGUCGGGCGUCACCAGGUUCGGGAUGGGCCUCGCCUACAUGGCAUGCCCAAGGAUAACCGGUUACUACAAGGACGAAAUCGGGUCAUACGAAGGCCUACUCUACAUGAUCAGCAUUGGCUCUUUCUUGGUGUGCCUAAUGUGGACAACGGACAUCAUUUACAGACAUUUCAAAAGAUGUCGGAUGAAUAGUGCAUCUUGACGUAGCAUGCUUCACGUGUGCAUGCUUGACGUGAUAAUACGAUAGACAUUUGCUGAUCACAUAGCAUUUGCUGUGGAGACGGUGGACUGUGGCUUGAGCAUUGGAGACAGUGGAUUGUGCCUUGAGGACUCCGACCUUUCUUGCGUACAAUGCAAAAUGUCAGUGCAGGAUCCUCCUAAGAUGUCCUUUUUUAAAUAAAUGUUUAAGAAAAAAAGAGAGCGCUGGUGCUUCAAUAAAUCACCAGCUUCCUGUACGUGAUUCCUUGCUUUUUCUCAUGCGGCAUGUGGCUGUACACCCUUUGCAAUUUCAAAGCUGGCUUUGCAAACAACCAUUACACGAAGCCAUGUUUAGUUAAAUAUCCACGAAUUUCAGGAAGCCAGACAGGUUUAUGCCAUGAUGAACAAAAGAAAGAGCGAUAACGCAUAUGACAGGCACGUGAAAGCAACCAUAAAGACAUUAUGCAAUUUGCAAUUCCACUUAUACUACCAAUACAAAACACAAGCCUGUAAAAUCAUCACCAACAUUUUCGGACAUUAAAGUGGCACCACUUCUACUCCAUAGUAGACCCAUGCAUCGGCUGUCUGUAUGAAGUCAUUAAAAAAUAUUUAAUAGUAAACGUUUUCAAAUAAAAGGGCGGCUCUUUCCGAUACAUGCCGUCAGUUGUGGUGACCAUGACAUGACCUGUGGUACGUGGUAGUCAGUUAUUAAGAAAAAUCUAUUCACUUUCAAGCUUAUAUUUUUAGUGGGGUCAUCGUAAUUAGGAAAUUACAUACCGUAUAAACUUUUGAGUUCAAAAGAAUGCUAUUACCUACGGAACUGUG